AUGCGGUACAAGGGGAUUGGCCAUGCUCCUCCUCCGGCGGGCAAAGUGACGUUCACCUCUUCGGCCAUACGGUCCUCCGGCACGACCACGGAAACAGAGGAGGCGACUACUUUUUCCGAUCCGUCAAGACCGGGCCUUUUUUACCACUUCUUGAAUACGGAUCCGCCGACCUUUGCUCUUUCCUUCGUCAAAACACCCCCAGCUACCGCGGAUUCCGCCUCUGUCAUCGGUUGGUUACCGGCUCGGACAUUUGGUCAGGAGGAUGAAGCUGGGUUAAACGAUUUUCGCGAGAACCCGCGUUUCCGCGAAGUUCUCCACGAAGUGAUCCGGGAAGGGUUGAUCGAAGGUUGCGACGACAUCCAGAUCAAUGGCGCACUGCAAAUCCGCGAAGGCUGGAUGCAUAUACACGCUCUAGAUGAACGGAAUCCGCCACCUCUUGGACGAAUAGGCGAUAUGGACGAUAUUAUCGGGUCCGUACGUGUCGAAGAUUCGAGGAUUAUACCGGAUACGUAUCAGCCGAUGCCUUCGUACCGUAUCUGUACGGCCGAUGGCGUAACGCAGCUCACGGAGGGUUUGGCGACAAAGUUGAACCGAGUUCUGGAGCGGAUGAAUCAGGACGAGCACUGA